UUUUUUUUUUUUUUCCUUCUCUUUCUUUCUCUUUAUAAACUACUCUGAAACAAAAUGGCUCACGCUAACGUUUGGAACUCUCGUCCUAAGACCUAUGGUAAAGGUUCUCGUCAAUGCCGUGUUUGUGCUCAUCAAGCUGGUUUGAUUCGCAAGUACAACUUGAACAUUUGUCGUCAAUGUUUCCGUGAAUAUGCCAAUGAUAUUGGUUUCCACAAGUACCGUUAAAUAGGAAUCCCAAGACCACGACAGACGACAAUAGUUUAUUCAUUCAAAAGAAAACCCUGUUGUAUUUGACUCAUGUUCCUCUCAUCACCCCUUCAUAUAUAUGUACGUAGUUUGUAGUUUAAGCAUACACCCCUCCCUAUUUGGAAUAAAAAAUUCUUCUUUUUUUUUUUUUAUAAAUAUAUAUCGAUUUACUUG